UUUCAAGCGAAAAGCAAAAUGUUCCAUGAAAUGGGGCGCAGAAGACUAUGAGGAAAGAAUUAUCAUUACCAGAGAUGGUUCAACUGAUGGAACAUAAUCCAACCACAAUAAAAAGAUUUGGAUUGCGCAAGUUUUGCAGUGCUGCCUUUUACCUGAUGGUGAAACUAGUUCCGGCAAUAAAUCCGAGUCAGGUUCUGGCGGGGAACAAGCAUGACAUAAAGCCUGUGCUUGAUGCCGUCAUCAUUUCUGCCUGCAAAGGUUAUGUCUGGAUGCGGUGCAAAGACCACAGCAAAACAGUUCCAGAUGACACCUCCUUCAACAAGGCCAUGACACUCCAAAAAUUAAUAGACUACUCCAGGAAAUAAAUGAAAUCAUCUUGUUUAAAUUGAGACUAAAAAUAGGGGGUGUUAGAUUGUUUAAUUUUUACCCUGUCAUAAUGUGAUCAAUUCAACAACAACAAAAAUAUUGGUACUGU